GACCAAGCAAUGAUGAAGACUAUGUCCGGUGGAAACUGCACCCUGAAUGUGCCAGCCAAGAACUCGUACCGCAUGGUCGUGCUGGGAGCCUCCAGGGUGGGGAAAAGCUCCAUUGUCUCACGCUUUCUCAAUGGCCGGUUUGAGGACCAGUACACUCCCACCAUUGAGGAUUUUCAUCGCAAGGUCUACAACAUCCGGGGAGACAUGUAUCAGCUGGAUAUCCUGGACACCUCCGGGAAUCACCCUUUCCCUGCUAUGAGGAGGCUUUCCAUCCUGACAGGGGAUGUUUUCAUCCUGGUAUUCAGCUUGGACAACAGAGAAUCCUUUGAUGAGGUCAAGAGGCUCCAGAAACAGAUCCUUGAGGUCAAAUCCUGCCUGAAGAACAAGACCAAGGAAUCAGCUGACCUCCCCAUGGUGAUCUGCGGCAACAAAAAUGACCAUAGUGAAAUCUUCCGCAAGGUACGCUCAGAUGAAGGUGAGAACCUUGUCUCCAGUGACGAAAACUGCGCUUACUUCGAAGUUUCAGCCAAGAAGAACACCAAUGUGGAUGAAAUGUUCUAUGUCCUCUUCAGCAUGGCCAAGCUACCUCAUGAAAUGAGCCCUGCCCUCCACAGGAAAAUCUCCAUCCAGUAUGGUGACACCUUCCAACAGAAAUCCUUCCGGAUGCGCCGAGUCAAGGACAUGGAUGCCUACGGCAUGAUCUCUCCCUUUGCUCGCCGGCCAAGCGUCAACAGUGACCUGAAGUAUAUCAAAUCGAAAGUUCUCAGGGAAGGUCAGUCAAGGGAGAGGGAGAAAUGCAUAAUCCAGUGAAAGGGGCUUGCACUUCUGUCUGAAGUCACCAUCCACAUGCAGUGCCUUAAAGAAAAACUGUCUGUGGAAGCACAGAAUGGGCUCACAGGGUUCAUUGAGAAAACCCAACAUGGAGAAAGGAUAACUCUUCCUGCACAUUCUGCUGAGUCACGAAUGUAAAUAACAUCGUCCUUGUAAAUGACUGGGAAAAAUCAUAUGCCUGAGAUACGAGUGCAUUUCUCUGUCUUUGUAAUGUAGUUCCUCUUCAUUCCCCUUUUUGUUUAAAGAAUACAGACCUGAGAAGUAAAGAAAUUUCAACCUCAUCCUUACAAAGAAAGUAGGUCAAAAAUGCACAGAAGGCAUUAAGAGUUACCCAG